UUUGAGCAUCAAGCGCCGUUGUUCACUAGAGUAAUGGCUAAGAAGUCCAAGGGCGGAAAGAGCAAGACGCCCACAUCGACGCCUACUCCGACGUUUAUUAAGAAAGUGGACGGCGGUCCUGACCAGGAGCCGCCAGCCACCGACGAGCAGGCGACGGCGCUGGCGCAUCGCCUCGAGAGCCGCCCGGACGUGCAGGAGCUGCGUGAUCUGGACAUCAUACAUGGAGGCGACGGCGUGGCGCCUAGUCUGCAGGCCACGCAAGAGAAACUACAGCGCCAGAUCAACUCCGACAAGGUGCAUCAGCACCUGACCAAACGUCCGUCCGUCGAGGAGCUCCGCACUACAGGUGUGCUUGAGACGAGCGCCGAGCUGGCGCCGAGUCUCACAGCCACCGCCAAGAAGCUGGAGCGCAAUCUGGUGCAGAACCAGGUCUCACACUUGCUCGAGUCGAGACCUGAGAAAGAUGAACUCGUCUCGCACAAUAUACUGGAAGACCAGGACGCGGCGGUGGCGCCUGUACUGCAAGGAGCGAAGCACCAGCUGGAGCGUCAGCUAAAAGCGGAUCAAAUCGCGCGUCAAUUGCGCCACAGACCGUCGGUGACGGAGCUGGAGGAGAAAGGCAUCAUUGACGAGGGCGAGCUGGGAGAGGACGGACCGCAGAAGAAGCGCUCGCUCUCGCAGCGUGCACGUUACGCGUUGGCGCUCAAGGCUGCGAGUCGCAUAGCAGCAGACAAAUUGAUCUCGGCAGAGGAGAAAGCGCGUCUAAAGGAUUUGAUUUUGAGCGACGAUGAGAAGGUCGUGGCUGCACUCGAGUGCUACGAACUGGAUGAAGAUAUCGAGGAAAUGCUGGACACACUGUACCGCGUCGCUAAGGUGUCGGCGUGA